AUGGAAGAACAGCAAGUCAAGCCAUCUGAUCUGCCACCCACUACUUCAGACAACCGGGAUUCGGCUGCAACCCCUCCUAUUAACACUGUUGACCCUGUUCGUCUGGCUGCUUCAACUGAUUCUUCCAGUCAGGUUGCUAGUGCAGAUCCUGCUGCUGUUUCUGCAGCAACUGCUGCUCCUGCAAAAGAUGAUGCAGGGCGUGAGGCACCGCCAUCCAUGUUUUCUACAUCUGGUUUGUCCACCUGGGCUAAGAACCUAAAAAUUCCUCAGCCUUCCUCAGGUCAAGAAUCACCAACAGGAAAGAACACAUUUGCCCGUUUUACAAGUGGCCUUGGAUUACGUUUGUCUCCAAAAGCUGCACAGCAAGAUGAGAUUACCGAAGGAAGCAGCUCCCCAACAACAGGACAGUCUGGUGUUUUUGGUUCUUUGACAAAAGGCAUUGUAGAUUCCUCUAAGAAUGCUGUAAAGGCAGUGCAAGUCAAGGCUCGCCACAUGGUCUCACAGAAUAAAAGAAGAUACCAGGAAGGAGGAUUUGAUUUAGAUAUGACAUAUAUUACUGAGAACGUAAUCGCUAUGGGUUUUCCUGCUGGUGAUUUGAGUUCAGGGCUUUUCGGAUAUUUUGAGGGUUUCUACCGCAACCAUAUGGAGGAAGUCAUCAGGUUCUUUGAAAUGCACCAUAAGGGGAAGUAUAAGGUGUACAACCUUUGUUCUGAAAGGCUAUAUGAUGCAUCUCUCUUUGAAGGAAAGGUGGCCUGCUUCCCAUUUGAUGAUCAUAACUGUCCUCCAAUACAACUUGUCAUAUCAUUUUGCCAUAGUGCGUACUCAUGGUUGAAGGAGGAUAUAGAGAAUGUGGUGGUUGUCCAUUGCAAAGCUGGGAAGGCAAGGACAGGGUUGAUGAUCUCGAGUCUUCUACUGUUUCUAAAGUUCUUUCCUACUGCGGAGGAGUCCAUUGAAUACUAUAACCAGAAAAGAUGUGUAGACGGAAAAGGGCUUAUUCUCCCAAGUCAGAUUAGAUAUGUGAAGUAUUUCGAGCGCAUCUUAACUUACUUCAAUGGUGAAAAUCAGCCGCCACGCAGGUGUAUGCUUAGAGGGUUUCGUCUUCAUAGAUGCCCCUAUUGGAUUAGGCCAUCAAUUACAGUCUCUAAUCACAACGGCAUUCUUUUUUCUACAAAGAAGCAUCCAAGAACAAAAGAACUAAUGCCAGAAGAUUUCUGGUUUAGUGCACCAAAGAAGGGGAUUAUGGUUUUUGCAUUGCCGGGAGAACCUGGCUUAGCUGAGGUAGCUGGUGAUUUCAAGAUCCAGUUUCAUGAUCGACAGGGUGAUUUUUACUGCUGGCUGAAUACAACAAUGAUGGAGAACAGGGUAACUUUGAAUCCAACUGAUCUUGAUGAUUUUGACAAGAGGAAAUUGCCAUCACCGGGCUUCCAGGUAGAGGUUGUUCUGGUAGAUUACGAUGGCUCACAACCGCCAAAACCAAAAUCAACUGCUGGACCUGCUGAUAGUAAAUCUGAUACUAAUUCCUCGGGUAGCACGGUUGCAAAAGAAAAUAAUGCUGCACCUGCAGAAUCCAAUAAGGGAACUGGAAGCAAUGAUAAAGAUGAAGUUUUCUCCGACAGUGAAGGGGAAGAUGGAUCAUCCAAGGGAAGAAAGGAGAAGACUGCCAGUGGUAGUCAAAGCAACACAAAUGCUGCUAAACCAUCUGAAACAAGCACCGUGCAGGAGGCAUCAGCUGCUGCUACUAGACUGGAGAAAGUAGCUGUAACGGAACAAGGAGCUGCAAAGGCACCUGAUUCUACAUCCCUCAAAACUGAAGUCAGCAGCAAGAGCAGCUCCACCACGGAACCACCUGCAGCUGUUGAUUCUUCCAGCAUGAGUGAAUUCAAGGCCAUUGCAGCAGAUGCCUCGGUGUUUUCUUUCGGAGAUGAAGAUGAUUAUGAAAGUGAAUAGUCGCUUUUAUGGUGUUUGGUUCUCAUUGUACAGUUUGGUGCCUCCUGUGGGCCAGCAUAGAAUGUCAGUUCGAAGCAGCUGGGAAGAGCAAGUCGGAAAAAAAGGGUUAAUUCAUUGUUGCAUUUGUUUUCACUGUAGAAGUUACAUCGAUCUGUGAUGUUGUACCAUGAACCUGUUGUAACUCAACCAGGCCUGAACUUUGUUGAUACCGCUCCUAUUUGUUCACAGUACUACUUUGUACACAACCUUAAACGGUGCCAUAACUUCUAUUGAGUGUUAAAGUGCACGUUUACAGGAAGACUUUGUACAUGGACUUAGUA